UCGCUGUGGAAAGAGUGAGAGAGACAUGAGGCAGCCAGGCAGGAAGCGAGAAAGUGUUCGGCGGAGAAGGAGUGAGUUUUAGAGACGCCCGGCGAGCAGGACCUGCGCCUGCGGGAGAGUGUGGCCGCCGGGGCUCCUCGCCUCCUCUGCUUGCUCUGCUGUGUCCGCUUUCAGAACCCCGAACGAAGAACAGUUCCCGACAGCCUGCAGCGCUGUCAAGGGGCCGCCGCCGGCCAGGCUACCUGGAGCCUUGACCUGGCUCAGGGGCACCCUCUGAGAACCCAUCUUCUCCCCUCUGUUGGUGUGCAAGUCAGCACGGGGGGGAAAGCAUCCGGCAGCCUCAGGGAGCCCUAAAGAAGCUGAAGCAGAAUGUACCAGGGACACAUGCAGAAAAGUAAAGAAAAAGGAUAUGGAAAACUAAGCAGUGAUGAAGACCUGAAAAUAAUUGUUGAUCAAAAGCAGGGAAAAGGCUCUAGGGCGGCAGAUAAGGCUGUUGCCAUGGUGAUGAAGGAGAUACCGAGGGAGGAGUCUGCUGAAGAAAAGCCCCUCCUUACUAUGACAUCACAGCUGGUGAAUGAACAGCAAGAAAGCAGACCCCUCCUGAGUCCCUCCAUCGAUGACUUUCUCUGUGAAACCAAAUCGGAGGCAAUAGCAAGGCCAGUAACGUCCAACACAGCCGUAUUGACCACAGGUUUAGAUCUCCUUGACCUGAGUGAACCCGUCUCUCAAACCCAAACCAAAGCCAAGAAGUUGGAGGCCUCAUCGAAAACCUCAUCCCUCAAGAAAAAGGCUGAUGGGCCUGACCUCAUCAGUGCAGAUGCUGAGCAGAGAGGCCAGGCGCUCCGAAACUCAGAGACGGCAUCCUUAGACUUAGUAGACAUUCAAACACAACUGGAAAAAUGGGAUGAUGUUAAGUUUCACGGAGAUCGAAAUAGCAAGGGACAUCCCAUGGCAGAGAGAAAAUCAAGCUCAUCUAGAACUGGAUCAAAAGAACUUUUAUGGUCCUCAGAGCACAGAUCUCAGCCAGAACUGAGUGGUGGGAAAAGCGCCCUGAACUCUGAGUCGGCUGCGGAGCUGGAAUUGGUGCCUCCAACACAGGCUCGACUGACCAAAGAACAGCGCUGGGGAAGUGCAUUGCUUUCUAGAAACCACUCCUUAGAAGAGGAAUUUGAAAGGGCAAAAGCAGCAGUGGAGUCAGAUACAGAGUUUUGGGAUAAGAUGCAAGCAGAAUGGGAAGAAAUGGCCCGGAGGAACUGGAUAUCGGAGAACCAAGAAGCCCAGAACCAGGUUACAAUCUCAGCUAGCGAGAAGGGAUAUUACUUUCACACUGAAAACCCCUUCAAGGACUGGCCUGGAGCAUUUGAAGAAGGCUUAAAAAGGCUGAAGGAAGGGGACCUGCCAGUUACCAUCCUGUUCAUGGAGGCAGCAAUUCUUCAGGACCCUGGAGAUGCAGAGGCAUGGCAGUUCCUCGGGAUAACCCAGGCAGAGAAUGAAAAUGAACAAGCAGCUAUUGUCGCCCUCCAGAGGUGCUUAGAAUUGCAACCCAACAACUUGAAAGCUUUGAUGGCUUUGGCUGUGAGUUACACUAACACCGGACAUCAGCAGGAUGCCUGUGAAGCUUUAAAGAAUUGGAUUAAGCAAAAUCCAAAGUACAAAUACCUUGUGAAGAGCAAGAAGGGAUCUCCAGGCCUCACCCGGCGGAUGUCUAAGUCUCCCGUUGAUAGCUCUGUUCUGGAAGGAGUGAAGGAAUUAUAUCUAGAAGCUGCCCACCAAAAUGGAGAUAUGAUCGACCCAGACCUACAGACAGGUCUAGGGGUACUGUUCCACCUGAGUGGAGAAUUUAAUAGAGCAAUAGAUGCAUUUAAUGCUGCCUUAACUGUUCGGCCAGAGGACUAUUCAUUAUGGAACCGCCUCGGGGCGACCUUGGCAAACGGAGACCGCAGCGAGGAAGCCGUGGAGGCCUACACACGAGCGCUGGAGAUUCAGCCAGGCUUCAUCCGCUCCAGAUACAACCUGGGGAUAAGCUGCAUCAACCUGGGCGCCUACAGAGAAGCGGUCAGCAAUUUUCUCACUGCCCUCAGUUUGCAAAGAAAGAGCAGGAAUCAACAGCAAGUUCCUCAUCCUGCAAUCUCUGGGAAUAUCUGGGCUGCCCUCAGAAUUGCCCUUUCUCUGAUGGACCAACCGGAACUCUUCCAGGCAGCUAAUCUCGGUGACCUGGAUGUCCUCCUAAGAGCUUUCAACUUGGAUCCUUGAAGGAAAAGAAAAGAAUAAAAAGAAUCCCUGAUCUGUGUAAUUGUACUGAGAAAUGCAAAACUAUUUCAUUAUGAACUCCAAAAAGGAUAAAAUGGAUGUUCAAAAGGCUAUGGUGAUAUAACCCAAGAGAAUUCCUACAGACAAUACCCAGUCUCUGUUCAGAUCCAAAAGCACAAAACAUUAUAUAGUCAAGGUCAGGCUCAAAAGAAGAAUUGAUAGACACAAAGCAAGAUUAAGUAACUGUGUGAAUACUCUUCACAAGCUGCAGGCAUAUUCCAAGUUUGUUCUUUGGGGUUUUGUCCCCACUUGCAACUGAUGACACAUCUAAGGAACUUGCUCAUGGGACACCUGGAGAAAGCACUGCCUUGGAUCAGGGAAUUGUGUUUCUGAACUGUCCCCUGAAAUUCCCCCUUUUACCAGACUGAACAUAGUUUGGGCCAAGGUGCAUGCACAUAUAUUAACUCUUGACUGAAGAGAGGCAUUGCUUAAACCUGUUCCAAUUUUAACUUUUAUUGUUGCCCUUUGAUUCCAGAGAGGGAGCUUUGCUGGCAAAAGCAGUUUUUGCACUAGAAAUUUUUGCUCUUCCCAAUCAAAACUUUUCUGGGAUUGUAUAUAUGCACUUUAAUAUCUUAUUUAUGCCUUGCUGGAGUUUUGUUUUGUUGCUCCAAUUUUUAACUUGGAGGUAAAAGAUUAGAGAACUCAGCCUUGUUUGUUCAACGGACCAAAUAACAGUUCCUGAAAAUAGUUUUUCAUAGUGUAGCGUUUUGAAGGAACGUUUUUCUUAAAGCAGAUAUGACAUAGGGUGUAAUAUGUCAAACACAGAUCUUAUUCACAUGCUUUUCUGGGACUGUAUGAACUUAAGCAAGAGAUAAGGUAGUAUCUCUUCACAGAUUCUGUGCGGGAAGAAAGUUUGAUGAUAUUGUGAUUUCUACUGAGUUAACGUUAACUUGCUUAAAUGUCGUAUUUUCCUUGCUUUCU